AAUCGGUGGCUGACAUGGGCGGUGGUGGUUUGCUUGGGGGAGGGAAGACAUUUGGCUUUGGGAAGAAGUGACUUCGGCAAUUUUCUCUCCAAGCACUGUAGUUUCAGCAUCCCCAAUGCCGGAUAGAAACGUGAGUUGAAAGUGGUAGUGGGGUUUCAAUAUUGCUGGUUACGAAAUGUUACGAAAGACUUCCGAUAACAUGUUCUUGGUUAAUCGUGAAAUUCCUAAAUAGCCGACCAAGAGCAGAACUGAGAAACAGCGAGCGGGAUGGAAGAGCGCUGAGGUAGGCAUCACAUUACUCAGCAUCAAAGAUCAUACGGCUCUGAAAUGCGGAAGUCGUAGCUGAAAACUUUGGAAACAGAAGGCAGUGAUCGGAAAGCUGCAAGUAAACAGGAGCCACUACCAGUGAAGUGAACGAGUAGUCGUGUCCAUGGAGGGGAGCUGCUGCUAAAUUCAGCCUGGACAACGAGGGGUGAGGCGGGACUGCUUGAUUAUUGGCAGGAUUCAAACUUCACCAUAACUUUGGAGAAAAAAUCGUCGCCCGAGAUCGCAGCCAGAGAUUAUGGAACAGAAUCAAAUGAUAAACAUUUUACCUCGUAUUGAAGAGGAAUACCCACUAAUUGAGAAUUGUAAUGAGGAGAAUAACAUUGACUUUGUCUUCGUAGUGAAAAAAAUAGAGAAUGACAAAAAUAAAACCAAGAGGAAACUUUAUCUGAGAAAAUUGAAUGAAAAAGGCUUUCAAAUAUUGAGAAAAGAAGAUGCCCACAAUCUGUAUUUUGGAAUUCGAGCUCGUGAAGAGAUCUUUGAUAAGUACAUACAUCACUUAAACAAUACGAGAAGAUAUAAUGACAGUAAACAACGUACUGUUUUAAAAUCAACCAGAAUUCGAAUUAUAAACUUUAUUAUAUGGAAAACCAGGUAUUCAACAAUUGAUGAUCCAGAUGAAGAUCAGCUUUAUGCCAGCAAUUCUCUGCACAAAUUACUGAAAGAUGGUGCAUUUCAUGCAGUCUUCCCACUUCAUGAGGAAGGCACUCACAAGGAAGAAGGCAAGUUGCAUCAUGAAUGGGCGAAAUGGAAAUGCUUAUUUAAGAAACAACCCAUUGAUGAAAUAAGGGAUUAUUUUGGAGAGCGAAUCACCUUGUAUUUUGCGUGGCUUGGCUGGUACAACACCAUGCUGGUUCCUGCUGCUAUAUCUGGAGUCUUUGUCUUUCUGUAUGGAUUAAUGUAUUUUGAAACCAAUCAAGUGAGUAAGGAAAUUUGCAAUGCUUCUGAAAUUAUAAUGUGCCCACUAUGUGAUCAACGUUGUCGAUACUGGAGGCUCAAUGAGACAUGUUCCUAUGCUAAGGUUACACAAAUGUUUGACCAUGAAAUAACUGUUAUUUUUGCAAUGUUCAUGGCAAUCUGGGCCACAGUGUUUUUGGAAGUAUGGAAAAGGGCCCGAGCAAGAGCUGUCAGCUUCUGGGAAUUGUACCACUGGGAUGAAGAUGAGGAGGAUCUGGUUCUUGGGUUAUUAUAUAACCCUAAUGUAUCACCUAAGGAAUAUACUCAUUCGUACAAACGCACAACAGUGGUCAUGUUGUUGGCAUGUGUGCUGCUGACAGUUAUUAUUAGCAUUGCACUUGGAAUUGUGAUAUGUCGGGUUAUUUUUGCUGUCCUGUUCACAAGAUCUUCAUCAGAGUUUCUGAAUGACCAUGCCUCCACGGCUGCUGUGAUGGUCGGUGCUUUGUUGCAUUUCAUAACGAUUCUCAUCAUGACUAAGAUUAAUCGUAGGGUUGCCAAGUUGUUAUGUGAUUUAGAAAGACCGCGCACCUCAUUGGCACGAGAAAACAACUUCACUGUAAAAAUGUUCACAUUCCAGUUCUUCACAAUGUUUUCAUCCAUCAUUUACAUUGCAUUUUUCCUAGGGAGGAUUAAUGGUCAUCCAAACAACUAUGUGAGAAUAGCAAAGCAAUGGCGUCUAGAAGAGUGCCAUCCAAGUGGCUGCAUGACAGAUCUCUUCAUCCAAAUGGCUGUUGUCAUGAUACUUAAACAAAUGCUGAGCAGCUGCAUGGAGUAUGCUGUCCCAUCCUUGAAACAUCAAUGGAAGAGGUAUCAUAAAAAGAUCCUGAAGGAAGAAGUGAGAGAUGAAGUUAAGCAUCAUUGGAUGAAAAAUUACAGCCUGAGCAGUACUGAUUCCUUUAGCUUAUUCAAUGAAUUUUUGGAAAUGGCAAUUCAAUAUAGUUUCACCACAAUAUUUGUGGCAGCCUUCCCAUUGGCUCCAUUGUUGGCACUUGUAAACAAUCUAUUUGAAAUUCGACUGGAUGCGCGAAAAAUGUUACUGCUUCAGAGACGGCCAAUACCACGAAAAGCAAAAGAUAUUGGGAUAUGGGUGAAAAUCCUUGAGGCAAUUGGCGUUCUGGCUGUCAUUGGAAAUGGGCUGGUGAUCGCAAUCACAUCUGAUUUCAUCCCGCGUUUAGUUUAUCGGUAUGAAUAUGGUCCCUGCGGAAAUGGACGCAGUGCAGUUGACAAUUGUUUGAUGGGGUAUGUUAAUAACAGUCUGUCGGUGUUCGAUGUAAAACAUUUUGAGAACGAAACUCGUUUGAAGGACAAUGGAUCAGAAUCACUGGGAUUCCAAGUAAAAUACUGCAGGUAUCGUGAUUACAGAACUGGCGAUGACUACGAAUACACAAUUCAAUUCUGGCAUAUUUUUGCUGCUCGUUUGGGGUUUCUUGUUUUAUUUGAGAAUGUUGUUAUUUGCAUCAAGUAUAUUGCAGCUUGGUUUGUUCCUGAUGUUCCAGCUUCAGUGGAAAAUCAAAAUCUAAAACAUACAUAUGAGCGACUACAGAAGGAAUUGCAGAUGACCAACGGAGAAAUUCCUGAUAAUCAGAUGCUUAAUCGGUGCAGAUAUCAGUCAACAACUGUGUGAACAGUUUGAAAAAUUGUGUGCCAGUAAAGAUUUAACAAUUUCCGCUUGGCUCAGAAGUAUCCUGUUAAUAUAUUUUCGUAUAUUGUUGCAUUGGAUCAAAAUCACUUGAAAGGAGGAGGUGUUUGAAGAAAAGAAAAUCAGUUUACACAGCUGAUUUUUCUCGAUGAAGGACAUUCUAAUUAAUCAUGAUCUUCAUUGUUAUUACAAAAAAAUCAAUUUCCAAAACAAAAAUCAGUUUGGUGCAGAUCAAAUGGAUCGUUGCUCUUCAUGGUCAGAGUUACUGACUAAAUAGUAAGUCCCUAAAUCCUAAUUUUCACAACAACUCUGAGAAGUAGACUUCCAUUGCAAAUUCUACAUCAACAGUGGAUCCUAUAACAGGUACAAUUCUACAAAUGUCUUCCUUGAAAAUCUGUAUGCCUUCAAUACCCACCAAGAAGAAUCUUAGAACUUGUAUUCUGUACUCCAGAACUUGAAUGAUUUAUUUGCGAAGUAAACAUUGAAAAUUGCUAGCCACUUAGGUAAAAAUGUGAUAUGGAGGCAGAAGAGAUUGUAGAUUCUGGAAUUUUAAAAACAAAGAACUGGAUGAACUCAGCAGGUCAGGCAGCAUCUGUUGAGGGAAAGGACAGAUGACAGAUUUCAAAUCAGCUCCUCUCUUCAGACUAAUGAAGUGGGGAGAAAAAUCUGGAAAAGAGUGGUAGGGGUAGGGCAAAGCCUGGCAAAUAGAUACAGUUGAGCAUAUGCAUGUGGGUGGAGUAAGUGAUAAAGGCUAAUGAUAAGUGAUGAAAAUAAAUUGGGAACAGGGAGAUGAGGAUAAGGAGGAAGGGAAAGGAUCAGGGUGGCUGAGGUGGAGGGAGAAUUGUGUGAAAUGUGUUACUUUAUUACCUUUAACACCAAGAGCAGUUCAGUAUAGUUGUGGGACAGCAACAUGAUACCAGAGAUGUACAUGGCCCUCUCCAUCCAUUGCGUAUGUAACAAAAUGGGCCAAUCGAUGUCCAAGUUUCUAUCCCUGGUCCUUUUUCACAGGUUUUUACCAGUUUUCACAGGUGUUCAACCAUUACUAUAGCUUCUCCAUUGCUGGUAGGUGGCAUUAGAUCAAUUUUACAUUUAGUAUACCCAAUAUUUCAAUUUUAUUUGUACCGUGUAGACUCGGACUUUUAGUUUAGUUUAGUUUAGAGAUGCAGCGCGGAAACAGGCCCUUCGGUCCACCGGUUCCGUGCCGACUAGUGAUCCCUGCACAUUAACACGAUCCAACAUCCACUAAGGACAAUUUUUUAAUUCACCAAGUAAAUUAAUCCAGAAACCUGUACAUCUUUGGAGUGUGGGAGGAAACUGAAGAUCUCGGAGAAAACCCAAGCAGGUCACUGGGAGAACGUACAAACUCUGUACAGACAGCACCCGUAGUCGGGGUCGAACUCGGGUCUCCCUGGCGCUGCAUUUGCUGUAAGGCAGCAACUCUACCGCUGCACCACCGUGACAAUGGCGAUUUGGAAGUAUUAAAGAAAAAGACACAAAAGGAAUAUUAAGUGGUUGUCACUGUCAUUAGUGGGAGUCACAUAAAUCAUGUUAUAUAAAAAUCUGGCAAUUUCAUUACAUUUAUGAUUACUGUGAACAAUGCUGAAAAUAAAAAAGAGCUAAAGGGAAAUUUGUUCUUUUUUUGAGUCAUUGAUCAAAAUUCAACCUUUAGUCUCAGUUAAAUAUUUCUGAGGAUCUGAGUUUUUCAGUAUGUCAAAUGAUUGCUGAGGGUAGAAUCCCUUUGCAAACCCACUCCUGUAUCUGGAAUUAGUGUAAAAAAGAACAAAAAACAACAGAAAAAAGCCAUGUGUUCAACGAAGCUCUUGUUACAUACACACUCAGUAUAUAAUCAAACUAUGUCUUUUAAUUGUUUAUGAAAGAACUGCACUGCUGGAAAAUUCGAAGUAGACAAAAAUGCUGGAGAAACUCAGCGGGUGAGGCAGCAUGU